UUGAGCUCUGGAGGACGCUGCCGUUCUGGGCUGGAAUCUGAAGUCAUUAGGCUGACUGUCCUCUGUAACACCCUUCUCUUGUUUUGCAGACCAUUGCUGCUGCAGUACAUGAUUACUGCAGUCAGUGUUUCUUUUUGCCCAAUCCCCAAAAGGAAACCAGGCAGCGGCAUGGAAGGAAAGAAUCAAACAGUUCUCUUUGAAUUCAUCAUUUUGGGAUUCUCUGAUCUAACUGAUUUACAAUUUUUACUUUUUACCAUCUUCUUUCUGACCUAUAUGUGUACUUUGGGAGGAAAUAUCUUCAUUAUCCUGGUGACUGUGGCUGAUCCACAUCUACACACCCCCAUGUAUCAUUUUCUGAGGAAUUUGGCCUUUCUUGACAUCUGCUACACCACCACCAACGUCCCCCAGAUGAUGGUGCAUCUCCUGUCAGCGAAGAAGAGCAUUUCCUAUUUAGGUUGCAUGGCACAGCUUUUUGCAUUUAUUUUCUUCGUGGGAUCAGAGUGUCUCCUCCUGGCAGCCAUGGCGUAUGACCGUUACAUUGCAAUCUGCAAACCUCUACGGUACUCAGUGAUUAUGAACAGGGCCCAGUAUGGCCGCUUAGCCGCCUCGUGUUGGACUGGGGGUUUCCUCAACUCAGUGGUGCACACAGCACUGACCUUCCACCUGCCCUUCUGUGGCAACAACCAGAUUCAGUAUUUCUUCUGUGACAUCCCCCCUUUGCUGCUGUUGUCUUGUGGGGACACUUCUGUCAAUGAGUUGGCAUUGCUGUCCAUUGGGGUCUUCAUUGGGUGGGCGCCUUUCUUGGGUAUCGUCCUCUCCUACCUCUAUAUUAUCUCUACCAUCUUGAGGAUCCGCUCCUCAGAGGGGAGGCAAAAGGCAUUUGCCACCUGUGCCUCGCACCUGGUCAUUGUCCUUCUGUACUAUGGCAGUGCCAUCUUCACAUACGUGCGGCCCAUCUCAACAUACUCACUGGAGAAAGACAGACUAAUCUCUGUGUUAUACAGUGUCAUUACCCCCAUGCUAAACCCUGUAAUUUACACACUGAGGAAUAAGGACAUCAAAGGGGCCGUGAAGGUGUUGGGGAGAAGGUGGAAGCCACCGAUCCCUUCUUUUGAGAUGUAACUUUCACUCACCUGUAACCAAUAUUCUUGUAUCAGAUAAUUAGCUUUUCCCAGCAGCUGUCUGUACUGAAACUCAACCUACAAGUUCACUGCAGCCUGGGGACAGAGAGUGACCAGCUGACACACUGAAGCCUUAGUGACCAUAUUCUUGAGCUUCAGCUAGUCCUGUGGGAGAGACAUAGAUGUUGCUCUUUUUAGAUCUUUUCUUCUUCGUGAGACUGUCCAUUCCCAAAUCCUUCAUCCUAAAGACGAUGCCACUCUUUCACGCAAUAUGUGCUUGGUGGACAUCACGUCCUGUUACUUCCUUCCUUUUGGUACGACCUCUUACAUGUUGAGGAAUGUGAAACACUUUCUCCUAAUGCUCCUUAUGUGUUCGUUAUAUUUCCCUUCCUAUUACUUAAGUCAUGCUUUUGGCUCUUCUUUCUGUAUUAGGUUCUUCUUAAGAAAGCGUUGUAACCAGGGCACCGAGUUCACAUUACAGCGGUUUUGACAGUGCUGUGUGAGCCACCAGCUGCAUGGGUCCGUGACCAUUCAUAUUCAUGCUGGAAAGAAGAUAGUCAUGGUUUCUCAAUUCCAGUUUACAUUCCUUACUCUGUCCCAGAAGCGGGAUAUGCUAAAGGAUUUUUUCUAGAAAUAAGCCCCCACAGCAGUUCGCUAUAUUGUAAGGUACUUUGAAUUCAGGAAAUCUUUAUCUAAAGUUUAGAACACGGAAUCAGAGAAAAGUAUACAGAAAGGUAACUGCAGAUUUUGGGGGGAAUAGAAACUCUUUGCUGCAUAGUAGCUAUAGUUAGACAAGAGAGUAGGAAUUACAUGUGUUAAAAGUGAAGGUACUAACUUUCUGCUUUUUCUGUGUUAUCACCACGUAGGGGACAGACAUGAAGGCAAGACACGUGGGCAGGCAAAAUGGUGCAGGAAAGAAAUACAGGAAAGGGAGAGAAAAUGACAGAUAAGGACAGAGGCUUGGAGGUGGGGAGAAGAAGCCACUUGCAACGUAGGGAGUAGGGGGCUGGCAGGUGGGGAGAAGAGGCUCAGGGUGGAGGGGCCACCAUCCCUCACCUUUCUCCUGCUCCUAUGAGUGGCUCACGCCUCUAGCCGGUGUCCUGAUUCCCCAUCUGUGUCCUGUCUGGUGUUGGUGGAGUGCCUGUGCUGGCCACCUGUCCCUGCGCACCUCUCCCUUCUGCGGCCCUCUCCUACCGAGCCUCUGUGCAGACCCCCUGUCUUCAUCUGAUGACUGUCUGCAGCCUGUGUGUUUGGUGUUCUAGCAACUGUCUUCUUACAACCUUAUCUCCUUUAGAAACUCUGAAUAACCCUUCCCCACUCAGGGCUCAGGAUUCAUAUUCCCAGUUAUUUCAUCCAAUUCCUCAUCUAUGGCUUGCUUUCCAUUUUCCUUUAUAGUGUCUUUUAAAAAGCAAAGAUGUUUACUUUUGAUGAAUUCCAAUUGGUCAUCAUAUUUUUCUUUCCUUGACUGUUAGUUCUUUGGGUUUUUGUACUCUAAGACAUCUUCACCCACCAUAGAACCACAAAGUACUUUCCUGUAGCUUUUAUAUUUAGGUCUAUGAUCCAACUCAAAUUAAUUGUUGAUGUAAUGUUGAGGGUUAUUUUUGUUCUGAAAACAUACCCGUGUUUUGUUGCGUUAUUGCCACACACCUUGCAGAAAAGACUACCAUUUCCACCUUGCAUUAUCUUGACACCUUGGUAAAAGUUAAUCAGGCACAUAUAUCUUGUUCUAUGUGGAUGCUUUAUGUUGUUCUAUUUAAGCUUAGCCAGCCAAAGACCACCAGGUGUAACCUGUAGUCUGACAAAAAUCAGAUUUACUGAUUUGCAGUGAGGGAGGGCCCUCCAGAGCAACCAGUAUGCAUCACACUUGACCACAGAAAGGAAGCAAGUGUCAUUGGUAAGAUGUGGUUCCCAUCUGAAGAAAUCUGAGCAGGGUCUACGGGAAGCGGGGGUGAUUUCUAAAUGGGGUGGCUGUGGAGAAGGGUUUGGGAGAAGCAGGAAUUUACAAGAGGCUCGGUGCUCUCCUGUGGCCAGGCCUGUUUAGCAGUUAGGUGCCCCAGCCAGAGAUGGCAUAGUAAAUCUGGGUGCUCCUGAGAAGAAAGCAGCCGUCCCCUGAAAUGCUCCUGUAUGCCCUGCUGACUUUGCAGGUGGCAUAUCCGUGUCUGCCCUUCGGCAUGAAUAAUGGCAAGGCUGCUUUCUCCUUCAUCAUUUCAAGCUGAUUUUCACUCUUUCUCUCCCACACAAGUUCUUCUAUUUUUGGCCCCAUGAUCUAUUCAUCUACUGACCCCACAUAGUCAGGUCAGGCUUACUGUAGCUCUGUAGUUAGUCUUGAGGUAGGUGUUUAAAUACUCCAAUUUGUUCUUUUCCAAGAAUGUUUGGGUCAUUCCAAGUAUCUUUGUAUUUACAAAUCAAUUUUAAAACCAAUUUAUCAAUUUCUACUCAAAAGCCUGCUGGAGUUUUAUAAGCAUUGAAAGUAUAGAUCAAUUUGGAGAGACUUUAUAUAGAGCAGUGUUUGCUGAUCUUUUGAAAUUAUCCCCCUAAGGUGGCUUUACCCUAUUCCCCCCUAAUCAUCCCAUCCCCAUGACAUUUUCAUAUCUCAGAUAUACUGUGUAGUUGUUCAUGGACUGUGGCCUUUGGAGGGACAUGAGUCAUUGUGACAUCUAAGAAUUUUUUUGUAUCCCAAGAGCCAAUGUCUACCCCCUUGGGAUCCACGUCAUCCCAGUUUAGGUUACGUGAUGCACAUUAGCAUGUUUUAUCUCUCCAUUUACUUGUGCUUUUUAAAUUCUUCAGCACUGAUUUCUAGUCUUCAGUGUGGAGAUCCUUCCGUGUCGUUUUGGUGAAAUUCAUUCCAAAAUAUUUUAUGGUUUGUGUUUAUGCUCUUGCUUCUGGUUCUCUUCUUUAAAUUUGAUUUCGCAGCUGUUUGUUGCUGGUGUAUAGAAAUAUAGGAACAUAAAUGAUUUUGUGUAAUAAUAUUAUCUACUGAAAGCUUGUUAAUUUUUCUUUUUUUCCCCAGUAACAUAUUUUAAUGAACUAAUUUUGUAUUAGUCUCAAGCACAUACAUUUAAAAGAUAACAAUACAGGGGUGCCUGAGUGGCUCAGUCAGUUAAGUGUCUGACUUUGGCUCAGGUCAUGAUCUGGCGGUUUGUGGGUUCGAGCCCCACCUC